GUAGUUUGAGGAGGUUGGUGCGUUUAACUUUGUUGAAAACAAGAUGGGUUGGUUCAUUGACGAAGAUCGUUUUAAGUUUCACUUCCCACCCAGAAAGCACAAAAGUACAGCUCUAAACUAAUACUUAAAAAAGAAAGUUCCACAGAAUCCAAAAUACCAGCAUGUAAAAAUAAGGCUUGAUACAGGCAACAGCUUGAGCAAAUACAUGGAAAAAGUGGAAGAGAUCAAAAAAAAUUACAGAUAUAAGAAAGAUGAGCUGUUCAAAAGACUUAAAGUGACAACAUUUGCUCAGUUGGUCAUCCAGGUAGCUUCAGUAUCAGAUUUGAAUGAUGGUGAAAAUAAUGAGGAGUUAUGUAGCUUAGAUGACAACAAUUCAGUGCUGUCUUGCACAGAUGCAGAACUGCUUUCAGGAAGAACCAAUGGAAAGGGAGGCCCUGAGGGGACACUGCAGGCUUCACCAGUGCAGUUUACUGAUAACAAUGAUUCAGGAGAAACUGAACUGUCACCAAGGUCAACACUUCAAAGUGUAAUAAGUGGUGUUGGAGAGAUGGAUCUAGAUAAGACAUCUCAGAAGAAUGUAAACAGUACACCAUAUUCAAGCCCAAGGAUCACAAAUAAACCAUACCCUGAGUGCCCCUACUUGCUGCUAGAUGUUAGGGACAAAGAUGAGUAUGAACAGUGCCAUAUUAUUGGAGCAUACAAUUACCCCAUUGCAACACUGUCCCGGACGAUGAACCCGUACACAAAGGAAGUGCUGGAAUAUAAAAAUGCUUCUGGCAAGAUAAUAAUUCUUUAUGAUGAAGACGAGAGAGUUGCCAGCCAGGCCGCCACCACAAUGUGUGAAAGAGGAUUUGAGAAUCUCUUCAUGCUUUCAGGAGGGUUAAAAUUGAUAGCUCAGAAGUUCCCAGAAGGUCUGACAACUGGUUCAUUAACACCAUUGUGCCCACAAUCAGUUCCACCAACAUCUGGUCGCAAACGCUCUACUCCAAGACAACCAUCAUACCCUGCUGAAAAUAAGUGGCAAUUUACUUCUGAAGAUCUGAACAAAAUACAGUUUUAUUUGGAAGAUAUGCUGAUUCCUACAAAUACAAACAGUCGUUUGAGUCGUCUUUCAGUGGGAAGUGCACAGUCAAGGGCAUCUAGAGCAAGAAGCAGCUAUACUCCAUCUGUUGCUGGCUCAAACAGCACCCGGACUAAAAGCGACAUUAGACAUUGGAAAUGACAGAUGUUUUGACUAGAAUAAAUAUUACUGUGUCAGAUGUCACUAGAAUAGAUGACUAUACUAUA